UUGCAUGCCAAUCACAGUUUGAAGCUCGUUCGAAAUGGAUCUCAUGCUGCCGGAUGCUGGUUGGACGACUUGUUUAUUCAUGCUGGCUGUGACAACUACACUUGGCGUAUCGAUUCCAGUUGGCAUUAACAUCGGUGUAAUUAAUGCUCCUUCAGGAUACAUCAAAGCAUGGAGCAACCUAACAAUUUUUGAGCUCUAUGGUACGGUGCUGUCUCCUGGUAGCCUGGAUACGUUUUUCUCCGUAGUCGUUUCCAUUUUUUUGAUCGGUGGAGUGGUAGGUUCCUUGGGCGGUGCAGUGAUUGCUGACAAGUUCGGCAGAAAAAAGUCUUAUCUCUUAUGCGGUAUUUUACACACUGUGGGUGGAUUCUGCUUCAUUUUCUGUAGAGAACUUAAGUCAGUUGAACUGUUACUGCUAGGACGAAUGCUUGUAGGUCUUGCGGCUGGCUUGACCACAGGAGUUCUACCCAUGUAUCUAGCUGAAGUAUCCCCUACGAAACUGCGUGGGACUAUAAGCACACUAUGUGGAUUAGGACUGACUGCAGGAGUGGUGGUUGGGCAAAUCGUAAGCCUAGAUCAAGUGCUCGGGACGAAAGAUUCCUGGCAAUAUGGAAUAAGCUGUUUUACAAUACUUAACAUCUUCUGCUAUGUACCGUAUGCUUGGUUGCCAGAAAGUCCCAAAUAUUUAUACAGCGUCAAAGAUGAUCCAGACGAAGCCCUGAGAGCAAUUCGAAUCCUGUUUGGUCAGAACGCAAUUGGAGAUGAUUAUGUGAAGCUUCAGAGAGAAAACGCCGGAACAGCUAGUAUAUCUAGUAAUUCAGAACAAAACCUGAAAAUAGCUUUAGCAGACAGUAAUCCAACGACACGCUCAAUGUGGUCGGUCAUAAAUGAUCCAACGCUGAGGUUACCUCUAAUAUUAGUGUGUGCUCUUCAAGGAGGUCAACAGCUGUCGGGAAUUAAUGCAGUUUUCUAUUAUUCAGUAUCGAUUUUUGAAUCCGUCGGAUUAAGUUCAAUGAGUGCCAAAUUUGCAAACUUAGGAGUAGGAUGCCUUAACCUACUAGUAGGAGCAUUAAGUCCCUAUUUGAUGGCGCACUUCAACAGGCGAACUCUUUGUUUGAUAUCUUGUUCCCUGUGUACAUUGAACAUGUUUGGAGUCGCAAUGGUUAUUCACUUUAUAGAUUUAGUAUCUUGGUUCAACUACGCAUGCAUUAUCGUCAUUCUUUUAUAUAUUAUAUUUUUCCAACUCGGUUUGGGACCGAUUCCAUUUUUCAUUGGAUCAGAACUAUUCGAACUCUGCUCACGGCCAUCCGCCAUGGCACUGGGAAGCUUAUCGUCAUGGGGAUGCAACUUUUUGGUAGGAAUGUUUUUUCCUCAUCUAACAAAUGCAUGGGGUGCCUUCGCUUUUUUACCCUGUUCAGUAACCUGUGUACUGUUGACUUUGCUGGUGCUUUUCUAUUUACCCGAAACUCGAGGACGUAAUGUAUGCGACAUCAUGGUGCUAGUCUCAAAAGGAUUCAAAUCGAAAGUGGUAUAGAUAACAAAUAA